AUGCGUGUGUCAUGCGUGCAUGACACCUUCGUGUGCCUCACCGUCGAGUGCCUGACCUUCGUGUGCCUCACCUUCGUGGGCCACACCUUCGUGGGCCUCACCUUCGUGGGCCACACCUUCGUGGGCCUCACCUUCGUGUGUCUCACCUUCGUGUGCCUCACCUUCGUUUGCCUAACCGUCGUGUGCCUGACCUUCGUGUGCCUCACCUUCGUGUGCCUCACCUUCGUGGGCCACACCUUCGUGGGCCUCACCUUCGUGGGCCUCACCUUCGUGUGCCUCACCUUCGUGUGCCUCAACUUCGUUUGCCUCACCUUCGUGUGUCUCACCUUCGUUUGCCUCAACUUCUUGUGUCGCACCUUCGUGUUUCUCACCUUCGUGUGCCUCACCUUCGUGUGCCUCACCUUUUUGUGGAUCUCUUUCAUGUGUCUCACCUUCAUGUGCAUGACCUUCGAGUACCUCACCUUCGUAAGCCUCAACUUCGUGUGUCUCACCAUCGUAUGCCUCACUUUCGUGUGCUUGAAAUUCGUUUGCCUCACCUUCGCGUGUCUCACCUUCGUGUGCCUCACCUUAUUGGGCCACACCUUCGUGUGUCUCACCUUCGUGUGUCUCACCUUCGUGUGCCUCAACUUCGUGUGUCGCACCUUCGUGCUUCUCACCUUCGUUUGCCUAACCGUCGUGUGUCUCACCUUCGUAGGCCUAUCUUUCGCGUGA